AACCGUGCACUGCGGCUCAUAACUCCGCAUAAGCGGUAUGCGCGUCGGAAACUCAGGGCCGAGGAAGACCUGUUCAAUCGCCACGACGCUUCGGUGCGUAGUAUCGUCAAACGAGCAUUUGGAUUUCUGAAGCGCUUCGAUAUCCUUCGAUAUCCCAUAUACGCCUGUACAUCUUGUCGCCGACGUCUGUUCCGGAAUGGUGUAUCUGCUGUCACUCCGGCUCGCUUUCUGCUCAUCCAACAAGCCGUGCCUUCCGCCGACUUCCAGCCCCCAACAGGGUUCGUUUGUACAACUUGCAACGGCUACAUCAAGAAAAAUACUCGCCCCCCACUGAAUCAAGCCAACUCUCUCGGAGUGGAUCCAAUUCCAGAUUGCUUGGCUCGUCUCAACAAUCUCGAACGGAGGCUCCUUUGCCAGAGAUACGCCUUUAUGCAGUUGAAUGUGGUUGCCAGAGAGAAGACGGGGGAACGAGUUCAGCCGAAAGUUUAUGGAAAUGUUGUUAAUGUGCCUGUGGAUCACAGGUCAGUACAGGAGGCCGUGCAGAGCCUUCCUAGGUCACUAGACGAUGCUGGAAUAAUAUAUCUAAAAUUGAAGAAGAGGCUGAAGCUUCGAACCAGCUUCAUGUUCGAACGUGUCCGUCCUCAGCGAGUUCUCGAGGCUUUGCAGUGGUUAAAGGAUAACAACCCCCUAUAUAGAGAAGCCGAUACGAGCAAUGCCGAAAACUGGGCCAGGACCGUUCAGGGUUCCCCUCUGAACGACUCGGAUAGUUCGAUGCCCAUUGAGGGUGAAAUGGAUUCCAGCCAAUGCGAUUCGGACUCAGAGGAUGAAGUUUCUGUUAACAAUGUGGCCCCAGUCCCUACCGUUAUGAUACCUGAUGAGAACCCACCGGAAAGUGUCAUCCGUCAACUCGCCCGGGGUACUGCGAGGGUCACUGUUGCGUGCAUGGCCCCCGCGGAAAAUGAACAGCCACUGUCAUUGUUGAGAGAUAAUGACUCCGAAACUCUCUCGUUCCCACACCUUCUUCCCAUGGGCCGAUGGGGGUUGACACAUGCACGCGACUGUCGAAUCAGCGCUCAGCAAUACUUCGAGAGUAGACUGCUGCACGAGGAUCCACGAUUCAGGCAAGACUAUGAAUAUGCCGAGUGCAAGAGAGUAUCGUGCG